AUGAUCAGUGUAGCCCCAGCAGUGCCACCUGUCAGUGUCCAUCAGUUGCCCAUUAGUGCCACAAAUCAGUGCCUACCAGUGCACAUCAAUGCCACAUAUCAGUGCCCAUCUGAGCUGCCUUUCAGUGUCACCCAUCAGUGCCACCUAUCAAUGCCAGUCAGUGCCACCUAUCAGUGCUGCCAAUCAGUGCCACCUAUCAGUGCCAGUCAGUGCUGCCUUUCAGUGCCCAUAUGUGAGUGCUGCCUUUCAGUGCCCAUCAGUGAUGCCUGUCAAUGCCCAUCAGUGCCACCUAUCAGUGUCCUUCAGUGCAGCCCAUCACUGCAGCCUCAUUAGCGCACAUCAACGAAGGAGAAAAAUCACUUAUUUACAAAAUUUUAGAGCAAAAACUAAGAAAAAAAAUGUUUUUUUUUUUUUUUUUUUUUUCCCCAAAUUUUCAGUGGUUUUUGGU